UGUAUUUCCAUGACUCUGGACUUUCUUUUUGUAAGCUAACAGUAAUUUGUGUUGACGAGAUGUUUGUAUUUAAACCUUUCUGAAGACUAACUGCAUUAUUUUCUGUAUUCAUGAAACCAGUGGGUGCAUUUUAACUAUUUUUGACCUGACCACCAUGUUGAAUGCGUCCCAGUCGGAGUCUAACAUGACUGCAGUGACUGAGAGUCAGAAUCUAUUACGGGUAGUUCUGAUUUCCACCCUGUCUACAGUCCCGUCCGUCAUUUUUCUCUACAUUAAUGGCACCAUCCUGUUCACUCUGAGGAGCAAAGCUGUGUUUCGGGACACGUGUCGCUACGUUCUUCUGUACAACCUCCUUCUGGCAGACACUGUCCAGCUGGCGCAGAGUCAGGUGCAGUUCCUGCUGUCUGUCUGCAGAGUAAAACUGGCGUAUUCGCUGUGCACCGUUCUCAGUAUGCUAGCCAAUCUCACGACUGGGAUUUCUCCCCUAACCCUGGUGGUGAUGCCUUUAGAGAGAUACGUGGCUGUGUGCUUCCCACUGAGGCACUCUGCCAUCAUCACCAUCAGGAACACAACUGUGGCGGUCGUUGCAAUCUGGGCUGUCAGUUCAUUGAACAACCUCACUCGUGUUCUGUUGUUUGUGGACUUCACUUUAGACAGAAUGGAGAUCUGGCACAUGAAGGACCUUUGUUCUAACCUGGCAUUGGUGCUUGGUGCUCUCACCAGUGAAUAUGACAGAGCCUAUACUUGUGUUGUGUUUGUGUCAGCUGGUGUUGCUGCCACUUUCUCCUAUGUGGGUGUGAUUAUAGCCGCCAGGUCGGCCUCCACAGAUAAAGCUUUAGCUCAUAAGGCCCGUAACACCCUGCUGCUGCACCUGAUUCAGCUGGGCCUCAGUCUUUCCUCCACCAUCUACAACCCGCUCAUCAUCGCUCUUUCCAAGGUUCUGACAAGAGUGGCACUUCUGUGGAUUCAAAAUGUGUUUUAUGUUUGUCUCAUAAUCUUCCCCAGAUGUCUGAGCUCCCUCAUCUAUGGGCUGAGAGAUCAGACCAUCAGACCUGUUCUGCUGUAUUAUCUGUGCUGUCGACUCAGAGCUAAAAUCAGCGCCUAGAAGCUGAUUUGUUCUGUUGCAGUAAAAUAAAUGGCAAAGGGGUAAAGUUCACUCAUCACAAAUAUAUUCCACCAUCUAAAAUUAUAGCGUCACAUUUAUUUUUGUUUUACAAGACCUGGUGCCCAGUAUGACACAAGAUGUAGAAAUAU